AUGUCUCGAAGCAAGCCCAAAAAGACAAGGAAGUUGCGUGGACACGUAAGUCAUGGUCAUGGGCGAGUUGGAAAGCACCGUAAACACCCUGGUGGUCGUGGUAAUGCAGGUCUUGAGCACCACCAUCGGAUCAAUAUGGACAAGUACCACCCAGGUUAUAUUGGCAAAGUUGGGAUGCGACAUUUCCACUUAAAAAAAAAUCCUUACUAUUGCCCGACCAUAAACUUGGAUAGACUGUGGUCUCUGGUGUCUCAAUCCACCUAUGAGAAGCAUAGAGAUUCAACCGAUGGCAAAGUACCAGUAAUCGACUGUCUGCGUAAGUUCUAG